GGGAAGGGAAGGGAAGAGACACGGAGGCGUAAGGAACCGUCGUGAGGUCGUCACCUUCUGGCGGGACAAAGUGCUCCACCACGGGGGCGAUCGGCGGCUAAUAAUAUUCAAUGCGGUCGGUGGCGGUACACAGGCUACGUUUGGUGUCUCUAGUAUUCUCCUGACGAGACUGCCAGACCGUGCAAACAAGCUUCUUUUGUCUGUCGUCAUCGUCCGUGGAUUGAAUCCGGGGUUUCCAGUCUCUUGGCCGACCCGGAGAAAUAGCGAAGGAGACAAAAAAACGGAAACCUUCAGAUCGUCAUCCCAUUAACUUCCCUCACUACUCCGGAGUAUACACUCUGCAACACUCUGCAAUACUCUGCAAUACUCUGCAACACCACUCUUUCUCUCUAGCCAGGUCAACCAUGUCCUCAGAUUCGAUGCUCAAAACCUCUCUUCCCUCCGCUCACCGUGCGGCCGCCCCCAAGGCACCAGCCCAAUCCACCACUCGCCGUGCGCCAUCCAAACCCAAAGCGUCGCACCAGCCCCAAGCCCAGUCGCAGAGUAAAUCAGGCACCGAUCCUCGCCAUCUGGCCAUCGCUCUUCAGCAUGCGCACCGCAUCCAGGCCCAGAAGGACACCGAAUCCCUCAUCCUCGAUCGCAUUCUCGAACUAGCCACCUUCCCCCCGUCGCCAUCAGCCGACCCUGCGUCGCCGUCGCCCGAACAUGCCGGCGCAUUCAAAUCGGCUCUCGUCCCCUUCCAGCCGGCCGACUACGAUAACCUGAUCCUGGAGCGCAACAUCGAAGGUCUCUGUGGCUAUGCCCUGUGUCCUCGCGAGCACCGAAAGGACGACUUCAAAGGAACGUUUCGGGUCAAAUGGGGCGCCAAGGGCAGCGGACCGGGCGGGCAUGGUCGAGACAUGAACAUCGUUCCGCGCGAGCAGAUGGAAAUGUGGUGCUCCGACGCAUGUGCCGAGAGGGCCAUGUACAUACGGGUCCAGCUGGCCGAGGAGCCGGUGUGGGAGAGAAGAGCCGACGAUACUCGCGGCAAGAAUUUCGUCCUGCUGGAGGAAGGGAGAGCAGCGCAACGGGGCAAGGGGAAGGCGAAGGCCACCGUCAAUGAGGUCGCUGGUCAGCUUGAUAGCCUCCACAUGGACACGGAGCAAAGUGGAAAUGACACGGCCCAAGACAUUGCGCAACUCUCCGUUCGUGACGACGCUCGGUCGCGCGAGCUCGCUAUGGAGCGCGGCGAUUCAGCCUUGUCAUUGCAGGCAGGUCGGGUCGAUGUUCAGAUCCGAGAAAAGGAAACCGGCUCCCUUGGAAACGUUACGGCGCCAGAAAUGCGCCCUGGGGAUGAUAAGGGAGGAUCCAUUGAAGGGUAUAUGCCCAAGGAUCAGGAUCAGUGAGGGAGAUGCAUCCAGGCAAUUCUUGCAAAUGAUUCCUCUUCCACCAAAAAAAGUUAUUCAUAGGUGCUAGAAUGUUUGUUCCCAUAAGGCGUUGGCGGGAUGAUUGAUACCCAGUUUUUACGGCGAAUAGACGUGUAGUUUACAAAAACACUGUUUGCUCUGGAGGCGUUAUAUUCAUGUCGAUACAGUAGUCUGGGGAAUAUUACUGAAGGAGACAUUGCUCC